AUGAAUGCAGCAGCAGGUGCAGGUGGUGGUGCAGGGGUGAGACAGUACGUGAGAUCAAAGGUGCCACGGCUGAGAUGGACGCCUGACCUUCACAAGUGCUUUGUUGACGCCAUUAACACUUUGGGCGGCCAUAACAAAGCUACUCCGAAGCUCCUUCUUCAGCUAAUGGACGUCAGAGGCCUCACCAUUUCUCAUGUCAAAAGCCAUCUACAGAUGUAUAGAAGCAUCAAGACCCAACCCACCGGACCACCUGCUGCUGCUGCUGCACCUGCUGAUAUGUGCAUUUCACGACAAAGGAAUCAGCAGCAACUUCGUGAUGAUGAUCUUACGUUCAUUUCUCCUGCUCCCCCUUCAAAAAGGGCAAAAAGUGAGAAAAAUAUAGGAAGCAGACAAGGAGGAAUAUGUGAGGAGUCAGUCAGCAAUCCGUACAAAGAAGAUGAUGAUGAUGAUUACAUGCAGCAGAAGAAGAGUAUGGGUGGGAGAAUAUUAAUAAUAACAAAGGAUAAUUGCAAAAGAGAAGAAGAAGAAAAGAAGAGGGUUUUGGAAGUGCUGCACAUUGAUCAACCAAAUCCUUCUCUUGCCACUGCACUGCCACACUCUGACUUUUUCAAGGAGGUAAAAAAUGGUGAUGUGGAUGAGAAGGAAGUCGAUGGUUGUCAGCUGUCUCUAUCUCUGUCUUUGGCAAUGCAAAAAACUAAUGUGUCGUCCACCACUUUCAGUGAGAUUAGCGAGGCAGUUUCUUCUUCUUCUUCUUCAAAUUCCAAGUCUAGUUUUUCUCAGGAAUUAGUUGAGCUUAAUUUAGACUUGUCUAUUGCUCCCCCGUGUCGAGUGGCUCAUGACUACUUUUCUUAA